AUUAAUAAUAUUCCCCUGAAUUUAAGGCCCCAGCUCGAAAAUGUCCGAAAACGAGGCCGUGGAGGCGGCACCAGCGGAUUCAGCGGCGUCCAGCGAGGAAUCUGGAAAGGAUGAGCCCUCGACGAAGCCGCUGCAGAUGUCGUUUGCGGAUUGGAAAAAGUGCAAGGAGGCUUUGAAACCGGAAUCGAAAGGCGAACCACCGCAGCGCAGCAACAACAAUUACGGUCCAAAUAACAAUUAUAAUAAUAAUAAUAACAACGGAAACAACAAUGGACGCAGACAAUGGGGACCAAACAACAAUGGGAAUUUUCAAGGAGGACCGAAUAAUUACCAGGAGAGGAACAACUUUCCGCCACUCAGCAGACCUCCGCCACUUCCCAUGCAACUGAUGAACAUGGGCGGUUUUGGAGGCAACUUUGGACCGGGUCCGGGACCCUGUGGACCUCCAAUGGGCCCCGGAGGACCCUGCGGACCCAUGGGCAAUAUGGGUCACGGUGGUCCCAUGGGAAAUAUGGGCUUUGGCGGACCAGGCGGUGGCCCCAAUCCGCGACGCAAUCACAACCAGCGACCGCUGCAGCCGCCUCCGUUUUGGGAGGACAUGAUGUCGCCGCAACACCGACCGCCGCCCAUCCAACCGCCCAUGCCCAAGUGUCCCAGCCUGUGGAAUCUGGUGCCCAAGGAGCGGGGACAGCGCAACGAUCGCGGCAACAAACAGAACCACAACCAAAACCAGAACAACAAGAAGUUCCGGGGAAAUAAUCGCGGCAACAGUAACAAGGAUUCCAAGCUUAUGCCGCCGCCACCGCCGCCGUCGUCAAGCGAUAACAACGGCUCCCCGUCGAAUGGCGAGGCUCAGCCCAAGUCCAAGAAGCCCAAGCGCGCCGGCACCUUUAUGCAGAUCAACGGCCAGUGGAUCCAGAAGCCGGAGGCACCGCUGCCCCUGGACGAUGCGCCGCCGGGGACGAAGGAGGAGCGCCAGCGGCAGUGGAAGGAGUACCGCAUGGCCAUGAAGCCGUUCAAGAAUCGCGAGUUUCACAACUGGAAGCGAACGGUGCAGCGUUUGGGCAAGCUGCCGCGCGAUCAGCUGGACGAGCAGCAACUGGAGCGUCUGGUGAAGGCGGAGGAGUAUAUUGGCGCCCACAAGGCGAUGCUGACGGUGAAGCAUGCCGAGCGCUGGGUGCAGCAGGACAACAAGAACGACAAGGGGCAGGUCUUCGUGCGCAAGUCCUCGAACAUUGGCUCAUGGGAUACGCCAAAGGAGAAGCAGACGGACAAGUUCUUUGGCCCUGGCCGCGCCAUUAAGGGCGGUUCCGAUCUCUCGGUCAUGGGAAAUCUGGCGGCGCCACCUCCGCCGCCGCCUGACAAUUCUUCGCAGAGGCAAAACAACUACUGGCCAUCUACCCCCAUCAGCAGUUCGGGCUCCAACUCGAAUCCUUCGUACUACAGCCACUACAGCAACAACUUCGUGAAGGGCACCACCCUGCUGCCGCCCUAGAAUCGCCCAGGGAAACCAACCCGAGGCGCGGGUUUUAAUCAUUAUCCAGUGGCAUGGCACCUGAAACAGCAGCAGUUUCUUCUACAUCCCGGUUCGACGGACAUCGGUAUUUGUAUUCAGAUAAAUGUAACAAAAUCAACUUGA